CAAUGAAAUUGACAAGUUCGAUCUGUAAUUUUCUUCCAAUAUUUCGUCGUUCAAAAUGAAAAUCAUGUGAUAAAUGUUGAAUAUUCAUGCUUUAACUGAUUGUGAAGAAGAUAAUAAAGAAGGACGCAAACAAACAACUAGAAGAACUGCAACCUUUUGACCUGUAAAUAGUAUACCUACACAACAGUAGUAAAGAUGCCGCGGAAGAGAGAGAACGUCUGCGCCGAGCUGCCUGCCAUAGAUGACGUGUUAGAAGAAUCGGAACAGAUACUCAGGCAAUGCUUCCAAGAGUACCAACCUGAAGAGGUGUUUCUCUCGUUCAACGGCGGCAAAGACUGCACAGUUCUCCUAGACUUAACAAUAAACAUUCUACGUGAAAUACAUAAGACAGAAAACAUAGAGAAACGACUAAAAGUAGUGUACUUCCGAACGAAAGAUCCGUUUGUUGAAAUAGAAGAGUUUGUGAAUGAGAUGCAACGACGGUAUGGUGUGACGCUAAUGGUGACAGAGGUGGGGGAAAUGAAGGCUACACUUCAGAGGAUAUUAGACAGAGAUGGACAAUUGAAAGCCUGUCUUAUGGGAACGAGACGGACAGAUCCGUAUAGCCAAGACUUACGUUUUAUGCAGAAAACCGAUUCAAACUGGCCACAAGUGAUGCGGGUGUCGCCACUGCUCAACUGGUCCUACCACCAAAUCUGGAGCUACAUCAUUAUACGGAACGUGCCUUACUGCAGCCUCUAUGACAGAGGAUACACCUCAAUAGGCAGCACCCGUAACACCUGGCCGAACCCAGCCCUAGCUAUCAAGGACGGUAAUGGCUACCUUUCCUACCUCCCAGCAUGGCGGCUGUCAGACGCGUCCCUCGAACGAGCCGGGAGGACCCCUCCCGUGGUCAAUGGACACGGACACGCCAGCAAUGGACACGUGGACAAUGCACACGGAUUAGAAUCCAAUGGUGAUACACUUGUGGCGUGAUAGAAAAUUCUAAGUUUAAGUUCGGUUGGGUAAAUACUAAAUACUGAUGCAGAGAUAGGUGUCAUCUAUAGGUAAUUGAAAGGUACAGCCCGGACAAGUUAACGCACCUGUAGUACUUUGUGUAUUCACGUGUUGUUUUUAAUUCAAUUUUGUUUCGAUUUCGUUUUUAUGCGUAUUCAAUCGUUGCCUCCGUGGUAUUCACCUAUUACCUAUUUUGAAGUUUGGUUCAAGUGAUUGAACGUCAAGUGACAAAUCGCUGAGUUAUAGAUGACCCACGCUGAACUGUCCCACCAAACUCAAUGACAGGGGGGCGCUACCAUCGUUCAACUAUAUGGAUUCCAACAUGGCAAAAAUCGAAACCAGCGAUCCGGUAUUGACGGUGGCGCCCCACUGUCAAUGUCAUGGAUAGGACAGUUCAGUAUUUUGGAACUAUACGAUCCUAUCGAGUAAUCGUUCUAUCGAAAUGACAUGUGAAUAGGGAUUUAGGACUGUUUUUCAAUAGGACGACUUCUAAACGUCAACGAGAUUUUGAAUGUGUCAAAAUACGUGAAUUAGGCCCCUGACUGGAAUGCAACUCACCCGCGCACCUUCCCGCGUUCACACUGUUCGUACCAGAGCAUCGAUGUGACGUCACGGCUGCCAGGUGCGCAGUUAACUCGACCGGGCUGUAUACUGUAGCAUAACUACUUAAUAUACAAAAGGUAAGGCAAAUUCAGGAUUUGCCUCAAUAAUUUUAUUUGUCUCUCUAAACUUCAAUGUGCUUACAGUAAUUUUUAUAAUUGGUAAAUUAAAAUAUUGGUGAGAAAUAUAAUAUAGAAGAAAUGUAAUGUAAUUGUACUUCAGUGUGAUGGUGCUACCGUUUUUAAAUAAUAUCUGCCUAUCAUGAAAAUUGGUAUGAAAAUUGAAGGUUGCUAAUAAACUCGGUCGCUGCUAUUCAGUUAAAAUCAAUAUCUUAGAUAGUCAAUUUAAAGAUCAAAAUAAUCAUAUUUUAAUUAAAUAAUAAAAUUCAACCCAACAAUAUUUUUGAAACUAAUAUUACUGAAAUUUUAUAACUGAAAUAAGUUAUCAUUCUUUGGCCAAUAAAUAGGUGAAUUUACAUGAUAGAUGUUCAAAUACUAGUACUUAUUACUAUUAAUUUGUGGUGUUUACUGCCUAAAUGUGAUAAAAAUUCCGCAAUUUUUAAUUUCGCUUGUUUUUUAUAGCAGUGUGUUCAAUUAAUUUUAAGUUCAUGCCGAAAUACUGAUUAUGAUGUAUGUUAAUUGUUAUUCACUUUGUCAUUAUCACGCGUCAUGCGUUAAUACCGUACAAUACAAAGGAAAACGUAACCUUUAAACAUAUCUAGAAAGUAUCCGUCUUUUUAACUGUUUGCUUUAAAUAAUAAUUUUACAAGAUAUUACUUAGGGAAUAUUUACUUACGUUUAUUUAGCAUAAUUUACACGUUUUAUUUACAAGCACCAGUGUUAGUUUAAAGGAUCAAAAUACGAAUUGAUAUAUUGAGCAAUACAAACUUAGUAAUCUCAGUUUAUUUAUUAUUCCAGUAAGAUUGUUUUAUUCAUAUUUAUUUUGUAGCUAAAUAACGUAACAUUAUCACAAAUACUUUACAAAUUAAACGUAUUUUGUUAUGUCCAAUUAAAAUUGUUUUGUUUUACAAACAUAUUAUUGUUCACGUUUAUUUUAAAUCGAAUAUUCCACUGUGAUUAGUCUUUACGAAACAUUGACUACUUAAUAAAUAUGUACUUAAUAAAAAAACACAAUAAAAAUGUAAUACUACCUAUGUAAAAAAAAUGUAUACCGAUAAUAAUGUACUUUACCUUGUUGAAAUAAAAAACUUGUCUUUUA